CCGACACAUACGCUUCACAAUGGAUCUCCGGCUUGUCUCACCAGAUAUUGACCCUGCCAUUGUUCAGGCGAUGGAUCCCGAGUUUGUCCGCUAUUUCAUCGAGACAAUCCAACACCUGACGCCCACACACACUGUGCCCCUGGCUGAGUGCCGCGCCCACCCGGAGCGCUUUGUGACUCCCUGGAUAUACGAUAGCAGCGGCGAGCCCCGGGUGAGCGAUCAUACAGUCACCUCCGCCGACGGCUUCCCCGUCCCUGUCCGUGUCUACACACCCGAUCCCGACGUCUUCGGACCGGGGCCUUACGGAGUUCAUGUCAACUUUCACGGUGGUGGUUUCGUCUUUGGUAGUCUGCAGGCAGAUGCUCUCUUCUGCCUGAAGGUCCGGGAUCGCGCCGGUCUGGUGGUUGUGGAUGUCAAUUACCGACACUGCCCAGAGGCGGUAUUUGGAAAAGGAAUCGAAGACGCAUGGGCUGCUCUACAGUGGACCCAUCAAUCGAACGAGAUAAACAUCAACCCCUCCUCGAUCUCUAUCGGCGGCAUCUCUGCAGGUGGGUUUUUAUGCUGCGUCGUCCAGCAUCUGGCUCGAGAUGCCGGCCUCCCUCUUCGUCUCUGUGUCCCCGCCGUGCCUGUGACGACCGACUCGUGCAGCUACACCAGCCUCGAUGACUCCCCCUAUCCCUCUUUCCGCGAGUAUAGCCGCGCUCCACUGUUAAACUGGAAGCGCAUGUCCUUCUUCCAGAAGCAUGUGUUCCCAGCCAACCAGAUGGACCGGCUCAGGGCAUCCCUGCCUGACUGGUGGUUGUCGCCGAUGCGAGCCCCCGAUUCCACAGGACUGUGUGAUACCUUUCUCAUCACGGCGGAAUGCGAUCCUAUGCGCGACGAGGGGGAGGCGUAUGGCGUGAAACUCGUGCAGGCGGGGAAUAAAGUCACCAUGAAACGGUAUCUGGGGGUCCCUCAUCCGUUCAUGCACAUGGCCAAAGUCCUCCAGAAGGCACGGGAUUAUGAUGAAGAUGUGCUGAACGCUCUCACAGUGGCACAUCAAGGUUCUAUCUGAUCUAGCACCAACUACUAGCCAUAUUUCGAUACGAGCCCUUAGUACUCUGGGUCAUUCAAAUAUAUCCUUAAACCAUC